GAGCGCUCUUUUCCGUCUUGUACGGAGAAGCACGUGUGACUGGACGGUUUCUACCUGCGCCACUCUCCCGUUAUCAGCUUUACUGUAAAAACAGCCUUCAGUCAUGGUCAAGCUUGCCAAGGCAGCUAAAAAACUGGCGCCUCUGAAGAAAAAGGCACCUCCACCUCCCAAAGAAGUGGAAGAAGAAUCCAGCGAGGAGGAGAGCGAGGAGGAAGAGGAGGCGCCACCAGCUAAAGCUGUAGCAAAGAAGAAAGCGGCUUCGGCGAAGGCAGUGAAAAACGGAAAAGCUGCUGCCAAACAGGAGAGUGACGAUGAAGAAUCUGAAGAGGAAGCUCCUCCCCCAAAGAAGGCAGCACCUGCUAAAGCAGCAGCACCUGCUGAGGAGUCCGAUGAAGAGGAUGAUGAUGAUGAUGACGAAUCUGAGGAAGAGCUGCCUCCACCACCCAAGAAGGCGACUCCUGCCAAAGCCACGAAGAAAGCAGCUCCUGCAGCCAAAGCUCCUGCUGCGAAGGAGGAGUCUGAGGAUGAUGAUGACGACGACGAGGAAGACGAUGAUGAAGAAGAGGAAAUGGACACGACUCCAGCGCCCAAAAAGGCAGGAAUGGUGAAAGCAAAGGAGGAAUCUGAAGAAGAAGAAGAAGAAGAAGAGGAGGAGGAGGAGGAUGAUGAUGAGGACGACGACGAUGAGGAGGAUGAUGAUGAAGAAGAAACCCCAGUUACUCAAGCAAAAAGGAAAGCGGAGACCAAAAAAGAGAAGGGAACUCCGCCGGCUAAGAAAGCUAAAACUGAUGGUGAAGGUUUUAGUCUCUACUUGGGCAACUUAAACCACAAUAAAGACUUUGAUGAAAUCAAGUCCGCUAUCGCAAAGUUCUUCUCAAAGGAAGGCCUUGAAAUUCAGGACGUCCGAAUUGGCGGGACCAAGAAAUUUGGCUACGUUGACUUCGCGUCAGAGGAAGAGCUGCAGAAGGCUUUGGAGCUCAAUGGCAAGAAGCUGAUGGGCCAACCGGUGAAACUCGACAAAGCCAGAAGCAAAGAGAACUCCCAGGAAAACAAAAAAGAGAGAGAUUCACGCACUUUGUUCGUAAAGAACCUGCCGUACUCCGUAACGCAGGAGGAACUGAGGGAAGUCUUUGACCAGGCUGUUGAUAUCAGGAUACCGAUGGGCGACAGCGGUUCUAGCAGAGGAAUCGCCUACCUCGAGUUCAAGUCGGAGGCAAUCGCCGAGAAGGCAAUGGAGGAGGCGCAAGGGUCAGAUGUUCAGGGCCGGUCUAUCAUCAUAGACUUCACCGGAGAAAAGAGUCAGAAGGGUGGCAGAGCUGUUGCAAACAAAGUACUGGUUGUAAACAACCUAGCGUUCACUGCGAAUGAAGACGCCCUCCAGAGUGUGUUUGAGAAGGCCGUGUCCAUCAGAGUACCACAGAACAACGGCAGACCAAAGGGAUACGCGUUUUUAGAGUUUGAGAACGUGGAGGAUGCCAAGGAGGCGCUGGAGAACUGCAACAACACAGAAAUCGAGGGCAGAAAUAUCAGAUUAGAGUUCAGUCAGAAUGACAGAGACCGAGGCGGAAGAGGAGGCUCUGGACCUACAAAAACCCUUUUUGUCAAAGGCCUGUCAGAAGAUACCACAGAUCAGUCUCUGAAAGAGGCUUUUGAUGGAUCCGUCAGCGCCAGAAUCGUCACAGACAGAGACACCGGAUCAUCUAAAGGGUUUGGUUUCGUAGACUUCGAUAGCGAAGAAGACUGCAAGGCGGCCAAAGAAGCCAUGGAUGACGGAGAGAUCGACGGAAACAGAGUCACUCUGGACUACGCGAAGCCCAAGGGCGAGGGUGGCCGAGGGGGCGGCAGAGGAGGCUUCGGGGGAGGCUUCGGAGGAGGUUUUGGAGGACGCGGCGGUGGACGAGGCGGUUUCGGAGGCCGAGGGGGCGGCAGGGGCGGCGGCUUCAGGGGAGGACGAGGAGGAAGAGGCGGCGGCUUCAGAGGAGGAAGAGGCGGUGGACGAGGUGGAUUUGGAGACCGACCACAAGGGAAGAAGAUCAAGUUUGAUGAUUAAGUCUGUAACUGAACUGUUUCCAUUUGCUUAAAUCCACAUUGUCAGAGCAUUUCUAGGACAUUCCAGAAAGCAUCAGUAACUGUACAGUGACCCCCGACCCCUCGCUCCCUUUUAACUGUGUGAGUUCUGAAACGUCCCAACCAUCCGCGUGAAAAUUUAAAUGUGACUGUUGUAAUUAUGCUCUGCUGGUUUAGGUACAUGUACAUGCAACAGUUUUUCUUUUUUUCUUUUAUGGUGUGCACCCCCCCCAUCAAUUUUAUUUAAAUCCUUUUUUCUUUUUAAGUUGGCUUUAGGUGAAAGUUUAAUGUGCAGUGUACCUUUUUAAUGUGCAAAGCAUAUUGUAACAUAUACAUGGAAUUGAUGCCUAUUUAGAGAUGUAAAUCUGGUUGAAAUAUUUGAAUGGGAUUAAGAUGGAUAACAAGUGUGUUGUAAGGCUAAUGUCAAAUUUAUGAACUAAAUUUGGCUUGUGACUUGAGGGUUUUGCACCCUUUUUUUUUUUUUUGUUGUUUGUUUUUCCCAGUUCAGAUUUUUCAUGAUGUAAAGAACCAUUUUGAUUAAAAUUGGUUUUUAAACUC